CACAACGCUCACGAGCACCGGCACCAUCCCAUCCCAUCCUAUCCAUCAACACCCCCGUCUCAAUUCUCGACCGGUGGACUCGCUGGCGCAUGAACGAAUAACCCUUAGCUCCAGCUCUAGGAACCCAUCCGAGCCCAUUCUCUCAACCUCCCUCCCUCGUGCCCCGCGCCACCUGGAUCGAAGGUACAACUGCUUUAAGGCCCGGUCACCCCUCUCCGACCUCACCUCUUCAUGCCCUGGAGCCGCGGAUACGUGUAUUUGGCAGUUCUUCGUCAGUUGUACGGUAACGCGCAACGCUCACCGCAUAUACCACACCCACUUUGUCAAAGCACCCCUGGCCCAUCUCACUUUUGCCUGUCAAUGACGGCCGUUGCGAACUCUUGGCCCAUCUGACGCCGCUUCUGUAUUACUGAAGGUAAUGACUUUUGCAUACUGUUCACUGGUUCAGUACGUGCACCCCUGACUUGUUCAACAACUAAGCUGCGCUCUCACUCGCCGCCGCUCACCUAAGCCUUUUUUCAUACAUGUACUCGACCAUACCUUGCCGUGGCUUGGCUUAUUUGUUCCCUUUUCUUACCGCAUGCUGUUGUUGUUAAGCCAGCCUUUCUAACUUUCUCACCUUAUCGUCAGCAGUCACAUCAACGUCGUCACCGGCAAGAGCUCGUCCUCCAGCCUUGCCUUUACCCCAUGAUACCGAGGACACCCGGACAUCUCUUCUGAUCCUCAGAGCUCUCCUCUUCCACAAGCAAAAGAUCCACCAGCAGCACAAGCUCACUGAGUGACUGAGCACGCGCUCUCGACCGCUUUCGGCUCUCACUUCUCCAUCUCAGUUUUUAGCUUCCCACGUCUUUGUCUCCAUCUCUAUCCUCGCCGAACAGCGCCAUUUAUCGAGCACCCUUGCGUCCGUUUUUUAUUCCCAGCCAGCUCCGGGUUGCCACCAAGAAAAAAAAGGGACGAAAUCGAAGCUUCCACCAGAGAGCUCCAGACUGGUACACUCACACUCACAAACACUUGCAAGCACACAAAACCAAGCCAACUCACUCACUCACUCCCACGAGGCGGCCAAACUAGGCAAAAGACGUCAUCACCUUCGCCAAUCGGCAUUCCAGAUUCGGACUCUGUCGACCCGUGUUUGUUUCAGCGCCCAAAGUCCGCCGCUGGGGAUCCACGGCCCUUUUUGCCUGCCGCGAGCUUCUCUCACUCUCACUCUCACACUCUGUCAGCGACUCGCCGGAGCACUUCCGGUUUCUAGUCAUCCCCGUCGACUUCCCGAGGUCCCGACUCAGUGACAAACCAGCCCGUCUCGUGAAUUUCUUGUUCUUCUUGUAGUUGGGCCACGUUGCAAUCUGCCCGUAGGAAAUACAUACGCACUCACUCUUGGCCCUUCUCAUCACGCUUUCAGUAUGAGUAGACUGGGCUCGUGGUUCCGCUCGGCGGGCAAGGUAAGCAGCAAUGCGAGCCCGGCCGCGUCGUCAGUCAACCUCUCCUCCAAGGAACUCUCCGCCAAGGAAAUGGCCGAUAUCGAAGAGGCCAUGGUAGCCGCCGCCUUCAUCAUGAACGACGACAUUGAUGGCGCCGAGGAACGUCUGCGCAAGGGCGACUCGGCCUUUCACCAGCUGGGCCUGGCCAUGACGACGUUCCUCCGCUCCGUCCUAGGGUUCGAAAAGGAAGUCAUGAACGAGGCCUCAAAACGGCUGGCCGACACGGAAGCGAAAGCAUGGGCGGAUUACAAAAAGGCAGAACGGGACGCCACGAGCAGUAGGAUUUACGCGCCGGGCACCGAGUUCCUACUCAUCCAUGCCGAGUCGCAGCUCAUGGCGGCCGUCGUAGCCGUGUUGCACGAGAGUCUGACGGAAGCUCUCAAGGGGUUCUAUAAGCUCCGCAAGGCGUUUGUCACCCUUGACAGCAUCAUGAUGCAGGAGGCCAAGGCGCUGGAGAAGGACAAGAACAAGGCUGACCCGCCGCCGCUGCGGCAACGGAUGAGCGAGGAGAAGAUGCCCGGCAGCUUUGACGACGAGGAGUUUGCCGACCUGGAGCGCAAGUCCGAUAGCGACAUUGAGUUUGUAGACGCCAACGAGGUCCCCAAAUCGGGAGCGGUCACCCCGGCGGAAAAGAAGGUGAACGACUCAGCGACGUUGGAGACACCGGCACAGGAUCUGGCCACGCUCAGUCUUGACUCCGGCACAUCGACACCCUCAGGCGAUGCCAAGCUCGCCCCUCUCCAGGUAUCCUCGCAAAUGGCCGACGACUCGGACGCCGACUCUGGCGUCUUCUCGAACCCCGUCGACGCCUUCAUCCACAGCGGUGCAAACAUGUGCUUCGGCAUGCUGCUCUUCAUGCUCAGCAUGGUCCCGCCCGCCUUCUCUCGCCUACUGUACGUUGUUGGCUUCCGGGGCGACCGCGAGCGCGGCGUGCGCAUGCUCUGGAAGAGCACACAAUUCGACAACCUCAACGGUGCCGUGUCGGGUCUGAUCCUCCUGGGCUACUACAACGGACUCCUGGGCCAGGCAGACAUCACGCCCGCGGAACGGGACUUUGACGCCAACGCCGAGAUGGUCGGGUACCCCGCGCAAAAGUGCGAGGCCCUCCUCGCCUCCAUGCGGACGCGGUACCCAGACUCCCGCCUCUGGCGCGUGGAGGAAGCCCGCGUCCUGGCGCAGCAGCGCAACCUCGCUGACGCCAUUAAACUCCUCACGACAGGCCAGGAGUCCAAGAUGCGUCAGGUCACGGCCCUUAACGCCUUUGAGCUCGCUCUGGCGGCCAUGUCGCACCAGGACUGGGAGCUGAUGCAGAAGACGUUCCUCCGCUGCCUCGAGCUCAACGACUGGAGCCACACGCUGUACUACUACAUGGCCGGGUGCGCCGAGCUCGAGCUGUACCGCGACGCCUUCCACGCCGAGAAGAAGGACGAGGACGAGAUGCGCCGCCGCAAGAAGAAGGCCGAGGAGCUGUUCCGCAAGGCGCCGACGACGGCAGGACGGAAGAAGUUCAUGGCGCGCCAGCUUCCGUUUGAUACCUUUAUUACGCGCAAGAUUCAAAAGUGGGAGGAGCGCGCAAAGGAGUUCAAGGUCGACUUGGCGGAUGCCGUCUGCGUCAGCCCCGCGCAGGAAAUGGUCAGCUUGUGGAAUGGUACAAAGAGGAUGAACGACGAGGAGCUGCACAUGUCGAUCAAGAGUCUGGGAUGGGAGCGGUGCACUCUCCCGGCCGAGGCCCUGGAGAAGGUCAAGAAGACGCCCGACGAGGCUUCCAUCCGGUCGAUUUGCCUUGCGGCUAUCUACAGGACCCUGGGACGCUUCGAGGACGCGAGGACAAUUCUGCAGACGGAAGUCCUCAACGCAGACAGAGCGGCAUUCAAGGGCCCGACAAAGGACGAGUAUCCCCUGCCGACAGCCCACUACGAGAUGGCCGCCGUGGCCUGGUUCGAGUGCUGCCAACCCGAGAAGCGUCAGGCCGCGGCAGACGAGCCCACAGACGCCGAGGGUCAGGUCAAGGCGGUGGCAGACUACCGCAAGAAGAAGAUGAACGAGUGCCAGGAGUGGCUCGACAAGGUCGUCGCGUGGGAGGCGUUUGUGUUUGAUGCCAGGUUGGGCAUGCGUGUGCAGGCGGCGCUGGAGACGCUCAAGUGGUUCAAGAAGAAGAACAACUGGGUGUAGAAGGGCGGUAGGCAGCAUUUUGAUUCACUGGAUUUGCUUACACAUAUACAGGAGCCUGCCUUUGGGCGCAUCGGAUCAGGGACCUGGGGGACUGGAACACACGGUUUGGUGUAGACUUUGUCGGUAUAUAUAUAAGAUACUUAGACGUGUUUGGCGAUUUGGGGGGGUAUCCUCGAAACAUAUAACAAGCAACUGCAUUCAUCGCACAGCAGAAUCAUCCAAACUCACAAGAAAGGAAAUAAGAAACCAGUAAAAUCCUCCUCAGCUGCUCUUCUUCCCCUUGCGUCCGCGGCCCUUCUUCAACUCCUGAAUGCCACCCUGCACGAAUCCAACACCAUUGUUGGCCGCCCUCUCACUACGCUCCUUGAUUCGGUGCUUCUCCGCCUCAGCUUUCAUAUCAUCAAUCACGUCCUGCCCUUCGCUCGUGCCAUGAGCCCAAUCCAACACACCCCAGGCACCAAAGUUUCCGUCCCCUUGCCCAGCAUAGUGAAUCGCUGUCCGACGCGUGAUUCCGCCCAUGACGAUACCCGGAACGACGCUGUACCCAGACAUGGCCAUUGUCUCCUCAAUGGUACAGAAGCCAACGAACAGAAAGUACGUCAAUAGAUGAGGACGAAGGACCACAGCCGGCACGAAGAUGGGCACGAUGCGAUGGAGCAGGAACGGAAUCGGGUGGUCGGCGAAGAGCAUCAGCGAGAAUGGCGGCGCGGCGCGGACAUGGGCGUACGAAGCAUGAAGCUUGCCUACGCGCGUAGAAGUGAGGCGUCUGCCGCGGGAGUGUAAGACGCGCGUGUGGAUGUAGUAAGUCAGGACCUCGCGUGCGGCGAUCAGGAAGGCGACGUGCUUUAUGAGCUGGAACGGCAGCGGUAGGGCUGAGGAUGCGCGGAAGAGGGGUUCGCGGAAGUAGGAUGCGUACGCCAGGCUUGUGCCCCCCUCGAGAGCGGCGGACAGGGCGAGAUUGAACAGGGCGAGGGCGAGGGUCUUGAGAAUGGUUGGGCCGUGUGUUGGCGGGAGAGCUGCGGCGCCGGCGGUCUUUAUCGAUUCGGAGAGGGAGGGGAGGAGGGUGUCGAAGAGGAGGAAGGCGAGGGAGGGGAUGAGCCAAAGGAUGAGGCGGAUGGCGACGGCGCCGAGAAGCUGGAUCUUGAGGGGUCCGUGGGAGAGGACGAGGGUUGUCCAGGUCAUGUAGAAGAAGAGGAGGUUGAGAGAGGUCGUCCAGGAGGUUAUGGAGGGGGCGAGGAAGUAGGAGACUAUCGGGAGGGAGAGGAGGAUAUCCAUGGUGUUGAGUGUGUAGGUGUGGUGAGCUGCUGCUAUAAGAUGAGAUGAGUGUGGCUGAGGUCAGGUGUAAGUGAAGUUAGAGUCGAGUAGGUGAGUCCAACUCAAGAGGAUGAAACCAAAGUCUUGAUGGAGAUAUCAGUCUCAAGAUUGAGAACGGCGAUAGACUUUGCGACUUGGCAAAGAACUC